CAACCAAUGCGGCUGGACAGGGGCGUGGUGCCUUUCGUCACUCAACGGGCGUGGCGUCACUAUGCGAUGCGGAAGCUGGUCCACAGCAUUACGGUGGGCGGACCGGAAGACGCUGGGAGAAGGCUGGGAUGUCCGGCACGGGUGGUGGAGAACCUGGGAAACCGGUAGAAACUAAGAACUAAGAACUCCUUCAUAGAACUGUGCUUCUUCUUCCUCCAGCCAUGAGCCUGGGGGUUUGUUGUUGGUGGUGAUCCAAAUCUUUGCAAUAAAAUAAAGAUACAGAAGUAGACCAGGAUGUAGCUGUUAAAGCUGCUCAGGAACGAGCUGAAAUAGUUGCAAAAUAUGACAGAGGCCGAGAAGGUGCAAAGAUUGAUCCUUGGGAAGAUGCUGACUUUAUGCUUUAUAAAGUCACUGAUCGAUUUGGAUUUUUACACAAAGAGGAACUGCCAUUUCAUGAUGAGGUAGCACAAAAGCAAAAACUUCUUGAAAUUGAAAGAACUACAAAAUGGGUGAAAAUGAUAAAAAGCUGGGAUAGGUACAAGAACAGUGAAAAGCUUCACAGGAGGAUUUAUAAGGGCAUCCCACUUCAACUUAGAGGAGAAGUGUGGUCUCUAAUCUUGGAUGUUCCAAAACUGAAAGAGGAGAAAAGAGAUCUUUACCUGGUCCUAAAACAAAGAGCAAGACGCUUGUCUACUGACAUCAGACAAAUUGACUUGGAUGUGAACAGAACGUUUCGAGACCACAUCAUGUUCAGAGACAGAUAUGGUGUAAAGCAGCAAGCUUUGUUUCAUGUGUUGGCGGCCUAUUCACUGUAUAACACGGAAGUUGGAUACUGUCAAGGGAUGAGUCAGAUUACAGCUUUACUGCUUAUGUAUAUGAAUGAAGAAGAUGCCUUUUGGGCUCUGGUAAAACUGUUCUCAGGGCCCAAACAUGCUAUGCAUGGAUUUUUUGUUCCAGGUUUCCCAAAGCUCUUGAGAUUCCAAGAGCAUCAUGACAAGAUAGUAAAGAAAUUUAUGCCUAAACUUAAGCAGCAUUUUGAAACUCAGGAACUUUACACAAGUCUGUAUACAAUGAAAUGGUUUUUCCAGUGCUUCCUAGAUCGGACUCCUUUCAUUCUAAACUUGAGGGUAUGGGACAUUUACAUACUUGAAGGAGAGAGGAUUCUCACCGCCAUGUCCUAUACUAUAUUAAAACUUCACAAAAGAACACUAAUUAAACAGUCAUUGGAAGAUUUGAUUGGGUUCCUACAAGAGGAACUUGCCAGGGAUUUUCAUUAUGAUGAUGAUUACGUAAUUGAGCAGCUCAGCUUGUCCUUGACAGAGCUCAGACGUGCAAAGCUUGGCCUUCCUCCUCCUGGCAAAGAUGAAGAGUUUCCAAUGAAACCACUGGGCCAGAUUCCACCAGAGCCUCUACCUACAGCUCUAAAUCAUGUUGUGAAUGGACAAAGUACAACCAACAGGCUUCCCUCUCAAGUUAAAUCAGAUAAGGUACCUUCACCCAGUAAACUGUUGCAAAACUCCACAAGCAUUGAAAGACGGAGAAAGAACUCCAUGGAGAAAGCUAAUUUAAAAAUGGCAAAGAAAGGACAGGCUGAUUCCCAUUCAGAACAAAACAAAGUGGAUAUUGAAUACAGGAAAUAUUCAGAUUAUUCUUUAAACCAGAAGGAUAAUAAAUUAAAUAACCAUGCUGCAGCUAACAAGAAUUCAAAUGCAACACCAAAUACAUCAAAGGGUAUUGCACCUUUGUGGAAGAUGCCUUCAGAACCCAAAAAUAAGGAUCUCUUAAAAAUAGCUGAGGGAAAGGGUAAACCACCAGAUUACAAUGCUGCAAAUCAUUCAGAAUCUCAAGCUGCGAUUGUCAAGCACACAAGUAGGCAUUUAGAUGUGGAAGGUAAAAGAGGGUCCAAUGCAUCUCAGUACGAUAAUGUUCCUGGAGGGGACGAUAGUGACAAUACUAAUGAAAAAAGAUAUAGCGCUGAUUCCUUUACCCAGAGAAACACUGUUUACUCAACAAGUACUGUAUCACGGAAUCCCUCAAAAGGAUCCAGUCCAUCAAGAAUAUCUGAAAAUUCUGGAAUUGUAUUCAUACAGCACUCUCCAUCACGCUCAGCACACUUACAGGAUCCAGAUGAUGUAUUUAGCAUAAAACAGCCACCACCAUCAUACAGCAACCCACCUCUUUACACUGAAAAUUCAGUGAGUAAACCUAAUAGUGAACAAUAUUCACCAAUAAACUUGGUGAGCCCUUCAAGAAGAUCUUAUGGACAAAGCUUUGAUUUGCCUCCUGAUAAAAUGCCUGUAAAUCCCACUGCAAGGCAAUACAAUGUCACAUCUCCUUCUCACAGAAUAGAAGUCUUACCUGCUGAUGAAAGCGCAACUCUGCAUUUAAGUAGUUAUAACCAAAAAUUAAACACCAAAUAUAUUUUACCACCAGUGGAUUAUCAUAUGGACCAUACAUUCUUUCCUGAUACCGCAUUUGGAACAAUUGGGCAGCCAUUAAAUAGAGAGGUCUCUCAAAGUUACUUAUCCAGUUUGCAAAAGUCCCCAAAUUUUCCACCCUCAACAGGUCAGCACUAUAAUUUCUCUUCUGUUUCUGCUAAUAGUCCAGUGAGACUAAGGACUUCUCCUCGUACUAAUAGAGAACCUCCUCCACAAUAUCUACAUUCAAAUUCUGGAGCUACGCCUCUUAGAAAUCCACGUGAUGGUAUUAUAAUGCAUGAAUCUGUGAUGCUGUGAAAAACAGCUCAUUGUAUGCUUUAGUGAAUCCAAAAAAUAGACUAUAACACAUAGUUGGCCUUAACUUGUCAAGGCGGCUUAAUAUGUUGUACAUGUUAUAGCUCUUCUGUUUGAAAAAUGUCAUUAUCAUUAGUGAAAAGUAGACUUCAAACACACACCAGGUCCCUUAUAGAAGUGCUUUAAUAAACAGAGAGCAUGUGCAACUUAAAAGAUUUAGGUUUGCUUUUAUGAAUUUCUAUUUAUUGUGUAAGUCAAUCAGUCGGUUUUAAACUGACCAUAAUUCGAUAUUUUUUCCAUCCAGUUUAAAUUGUACUGUCGUUUUUCAUGCUUCAUUUCCACCCCAUUCCCAGAAAAGACAUUUAUUAUUGGUAUGUAUUCAGUCUUUAUAAUAAAAAAAAAAAUGUCUCAUAAAAGCCGUAGGUUUCAUGAUCCACAAAUAGCAGCACCUCCUCUCUGACAGUUUGGGACAGUGAGAAGUUGCAGUUCACAACACUGAGAAAAAAAAAUAGGAAAUCUGCCUACUUUCUUACUGCAGCCGAUUUUAGCAAUAUUAAAUGAGACCAUUUAGAAGGCAAGCAAUAUCCGCAGUGGAGCUGUCCAUUAUUUACAGGACUUGCAUGUAUUGACAAGUUGCCAUCUUUCACAUUAUAAAAUAUUGUUAUUUCCAUUCUUUGAAAUGAAAGCAAUAAGACUCUUUGUUUCACUUUGCAUUGGUGGCACAGUCCAUAUGAUAGAACACAUACAUAAGGUAACAAAUUGUGAUAUAUCAAAGUAGCCUGUAACGGAGUGCAAAUAUGUGAUUGAUCCCACCUGAUGUUUUUAGCUUGCAUAAAGUGCUUUGACUUUAGUACUGCUUUUAGCAAACUUUCCAGUUUCCAGCCUAUUUAUUGAUCACAAGCUAAUGCAGUGUCUAGGGAUGGCCACAUUUGUAAAAUGCAUUUUUGUACAUAGUUGGCAGCUUUCUUUUCUCUGAUUUUGAAAGCAAUGCGCCAGCUGUGAGAUGUGGGUGUUGAGUGAAUCCCAUGCAAAAAUCAAAGGUUUUGCAGUAAUGUACAUCAAAUAGAAAAAUCUAAGAUGAAGGAACAAUUUACAGAAGAUAAAACUUAUCACUAAUGGUUUGUCUGUUUUUGGAUUAUUCUAUGUUAACUAUAUGUCCUGCCACUAAAAUCCCAGGGCUGGCUGGCUAAAUGUGUUGAUAUGUUAAUAGAGGCCAUUAUAUAUGCAUUUGAUCAUUAAGAAAGAACAGUCCAUGCAAGUUUCAGACACUGGUAUGUUUAAACAUUGGAAGAUGGCAUAGCUUUUAAACCAGUUAUAGCAGCCCUUACGCUAUCCCCCUUUAAUAGUUUGCAUAGUAAUUAAAUAUGAAUGUAGACUGAGGUCUCUGUAGUGAUGUUGUUUCUAGUCAUUUAGUCAAAGAUGUUCUACUAUUACGUGUAUUGACUGAAUGCUAGAACCUUGUUAUGCAGGAAAUGCUCCUGUAGAGGCCUUGUUCAGAUUGGUGAGGUGGGAGCUUUCCUGGCAGUAUGGGGGUGACGGUUAAAAAUAACUAAUAUAAUGUGUCUUGUACCAAAAUCAAUCAAAAGAUUUCAUUUUUUUGGAACUCUCUAUCCCCCCCCCCGCCUCAUUGCCAACUUCUAUUCUGCUUUGGUUUCAAUCUUCAUGCAACUUCUGUAUUGAUUCCAGCUCCCCCAUUCAGUAAUCAUGUACUCUCCUGUAGCAGCAUGUACCUUUCACAGUGUGCCUUGGCUUCUAAUGGCUUAAUGUCUGCUGUUUUAUCAUUACUCCAUGACACCUUUUAUGAACCAAUGCAUUGUACUGCAAUGACACUAAUGGUUAAGAGAAGGCAAAUCCAUUUCAACUGUCUGCUUUAUUCCCAAGAACCAGUUUGAGUGGGUUUUUAACAAGUUGUGAUUGACACUUAUUUUUUUCUUCUUAAACAGCUCUAAAGUAGGAGUAUAAUUUUAGUCAUUUCGGCUUACACACACACACAUACUCUGCAGCAUUACACACCAAGGUAGCACGACACAAUAGUAGUUCUUCCAGGAAGAACAAAGUACUGUAGUAUACCUACAUGCAAGAGUCCAUUUUUCUUUACAAGUCACCAUUUUGCUUGCUCUGCAAUACAAGUACGUUUGCAGAUACAUGCAAAGUAGCUAGUUUUACUGUAGCAAUGUGUUGUAUAUGAUUUGCAUAGUGUAUAUGUAUUUGUAAUAAUGAGAUCUGCUCAAUGCAGCUUAUGUAUAGCUAAACACUACACUGUAACAAAUAAUGGGAUCCAUAUUGUUCUACUUGUUGGUUUUGUGUGUUGUUGCUUAUUUCAGCCAGUUUAGAGAUACCCAGUGUACAUAAAAUAAAAUAUGACUGUGUAAAUCCCCAUGUAAUGAUCACAGUUCUGUAAUUCUUUAUUAAGCUGUAUAAUAAACUAUAUCAUAUGCAGCAAAUGCUGCUU